AUGCCUCCAACCGUUGAACCGCUCUCCAAAGAGCUCUACGAGGAGCUUGGAUCUUCUGUUCGCGGUCAAGUCUAUCGGAGAGACGAACCUGGGUUCGCCGAUUACUCGACUAUAUUCAAUGGGAAUGUAGUAAGUGCCUCCAAGGCAGUUGUCUGCCCUUUGGAUGCAGAGGAUGUCAGCAAAAUUGUACUAUUUUGCGUUAAGCACUCCUUGUCACCAUCGGUCAAGGCUGGUGGAUACGGUACCGCAGGCUGGGCCAUUGGAGGCGAUAUAAUCAUAGAUCUCAGCAAGCUUGCGGAGGUGGAGAUCGAACCACCCAACGAGGACGGCACCUUCACCAGUCUACGUGAUGUCGCAUCUGUCAACAGCAAAGGGAAAAAAGUACAGUCUAAUCUCUCUGUGGCUAGCUCUGGGAAACGACGCAGAGAAGAGGACGCUAAUCUUCGCCAUUACGAUUCUGCAUCUCUCGCAGUCGCUUCGUUUUUACGUGGCCCAGCUUUCCCGCCGCGUUCCUCGAAGCAGGAAGAUGGUCCGUCCCCAAGCGUUCGAAGACGCAUUGAUCAUCACGAAUCAUCUUCAUCUUCUUUGUCUCCCGCACCUGUAAUUUCUCAGACAUCCUCUGGCUCGUCCAAUUCUGGUUCAGACUUUCGCGAGCAAUCCUCUUCUACUGUUGGCACAACUCCAUCACCACCUCCAGAAGAUUGUGCAACCUCGGGUAAUGGUGCAAAUGCACUGUAUUUACCUCCAAGUAUCGGUGCCCCACCGGGAGCCAACCCUUUCGGCUAUCUUGACACGACAAAUAAUUUCCCCUCAAUUCCUCCACCGACCGUUUUACCAUCUUCGUAUAAUUCUCUUCCGGUGAUGUCUUCCUGGGGUACCCCGUCAGAUUCUUUGAUUUCCAAUGGCCCAUUUAGCUUUGGGGAUGCCCAGAUGCAAAUUCCAGCUGAGGUUGAACCUAUCUACCCGCACGCAUAUGUCACUUUUGGGGCAGGAAUGAGACAAAAAGAAAUUGAUACUUACACUGCCCGACAGAAAUUGGAGGCCAGAUAUAUUACGGGUAGUGGAGACGGAAUUCCCUAUCACGUUCCAUUUGCGGCGCAUCCUGUGGGAUCUUCCAUCAUGCUUUUGGGAGGUUUCGGCUUCCUGAGCCGCCUACACGGAUUGAGCGUUGACAACCUCGUUGAGGUGGAAAUGGUGUUAGCCGAUGGUCGCAUUGUGGUUGCAAGUGAAGAUGAAUACACUGAUCUUUUCUAUGCUGUCCGGGGAGCUGGUUCUUGCUUCGGAAUAGCCACCCGGUACAAGGCCAAAGCAUACCCCGUCCCCGUCGUUUUCGCGGGCAAUCUCUUAUACCGUUUCAACAAAGCAACUGCCCCAUCUCUCAUUAAGCAUUUCAGGGACUGUGUCAAAGGUGCCCCUCGUGAGCUCUAUGCCAAUGUUCUUCUUACUGCUGGGCCAGCAGGCAAAGACUCCUUGGUAGUCAUACAAAUGUGUUAUGUUGGCCCUGAAGACAAGGGAAAGGAGUAUCUUCAGGCUCUAUCGUCGUGGAAUGGAGAAAGUUGCUUGUUGAAUGAAGUCAACGAAAAAAGUUUCUUGCACCAACAAGACAGCGUCGCCCAAGUCCUUCGUGGAAAAGCUGGGAGACAGUGGUUCAUUCGCUCUGCCUUGAUUUCUUCUCUACCUGAUGACAUCAUCAAUGAGACCGUUUUACAGUUUGCAGAUACUCCUGUUGGUUGCACCUGGCUUUUCGAAUUAGCUGGUGGUGCCAUCAGUGACUUCGAAAAUACAUGUAUACCUAAGUCUCAGCGCGAGGCUUCUUUCACAAUUGCUGCUCUUCAUCAGUGGGAAAUGGACAUAGACGACGACCGUUGCAUAGAUUCGGCGGAAGAAUGGAUUGCAGGAACUCUCAAACCAGUUCACGUAGGUGGACCUCUCCCGAGUUUUCUCGGUCGUCAUGAACCUGCAGAGCGUGUCAAAGCAUGCUUCGGGGCAAACUGGUCACGUCUGUGUGAGAUCAAAGGCUUCUAUGAUCCGAAGAACCUAUUCAAGAAUUCCUUUUGGCCUCUCGAUGCUGAGGGGGAGAUCGUGGAACCUCAGACACAUGAGCCUCCCACGCCAGAGUUUCUGACAACUUCUGUUCGGGGACAAAAGCGAAAAAUCUUCACCUAG